AUGACCAAUUUUUUGUUCUUAGUUUUCAUGAAAAUACGUACUUUUAUUUUCUGGUAUAUUUGCAUUCACAACAAGAGAAAAAAGAAAGAUCCUUCAUUUUUGCAAUAACGAAUUGGUGUGUGCUUUUGAUUCAAAUUCAAACUCAGAAGAUAAACCCAACACAACAUUUCAUCAACUGAUUCGAAUUUCAAUUGCAACCAAUUCUUCACAUUCAUUCAUUUCUAAAGGGUUUUCAAAUUGAACCGUUUUCGUCGAUGGGUUUUGAAAUUGAACCGAUUUCGUCGAUGGGUUUUUGAACAAAUCUAUAAAAAAACUGAGUUUUCCAAUGCCGGAAAACGAUCAACACCGUCUUCUAGGUUCAUCAGAAGAUGCAGAACGCGAUAUUGAAAAUCAUGGAUCGGAAAUCAUCGUCGCCGCCGUCAAUGGAGGCGGAGGAGGCGGUGGUGGUGGAAGUAGUGGUAGUGGUAAAGGGUUCAGAGAUUUUUUAAAAUUAUCGAGUCACCAUCGUCAUAGUUUCAAGCGGUUAGAUAGAGAGAGAGAAAGAGAUCAUGAUGAUAAUAAUAAUAAUAAUCCACGUGAUUCUUCUCACUCUGAUUUUGAUCUUCAUUCUUUUGAUUCUUCUGGUGAUGUUCUUGCUGAUAGUGCACCUCCUGAAUGGGCUUUGUUGCUUAUUGGUUGUCUCCUUGGUCUUGCCACUGGUCUCCUUGUUGCUGCUUUCAAUAAAGGGGUGCACGUAAUUCAUGAAUGGGUAUGGGCUGGUACUCCGAACGAGGGUGCUGCUUGGCUUCGUUUGCAGAGAUUGGCAGAUACAUGGCAUCGGAUCCUUUUGAUACCUGUCACCGGAGGAGUCAUUGUUGGCAUGAUGUGUGGAUUAUUGGAAAUCUUGGACCAAAUAAAGCAGGCCAGUUAUUCUCCACAAAGACAAGGUUUUGACUUGCUUGCAGGAAUCUAUCCAACGGUGAAGGCUAUCCAGGCUGCAGUCACUUUAGGUACGGGCUGUUCGUUGGGUCCUGAAGGUCCUAGUGUUGAUAUUGGAAAGUCUUGUGCCAAUGGAUUCUCGUUAAUGAUGGAAAACAACAGAGAAAGAAAAAUAGCACUUGUUGCAGCUGGUGCAGCAGCUGGAAUUUCUUCAGGUUUCAAUGCCGCAGUUGCUGGUUGUUUCUUCGCCAUUGAAACUGUGCUGAGGCCUCUUCGUGCGGAGAAUUCUCCUCCAUUUACAACUGCCAUGAUUAUAUUGGCUUCUGUUAUUUCGUCAACUGUAUCAAAUGUCUUACAAGGAACUCAAUCAGCUUUUACAGUGCCCGAGUACGAGUUGAAAUCUGCUGCUGAGCUACCUUUAUACCUGAUAUUGGGAAUGCUAUGUGGUGUUGUAAGUGUGGCAAUGACGCGUUUGGUUGCUUGGUUCACCAAAUUUUUCGAGGUUAUCCAGGAGAAGUUCGCCCUUCCAACUGUAGUCUGCCCUGCCAUAGGUGGUUUAGGAGCCGGGAUCAUUGCCCUUAAAUAUCCCGGAAUAUUAUACUGGGGUUUCACGAAUGUGGAAGAAAUUCUACGUACUGGAAAGAGAGCUUCAGCUCCUGGAAUAUGGCUUCUGACUCAAUUAGCAGGUGCUAAGGUUAUUGCCACAGCUCUUUGCAAGGGAUCUGGGCUGGUAGGUGGUCUUUAUGCACCGAGUUUAAUGAUUGGUGCUGCUGUUGGUGCUGUGUUUGGAGGCUUUGCUGCAGAAGUUAUCAAUUCAGCAAUUCCUGGAAAUGCUGCUGUUGCUCAACCCCAGGCUUAUGCUCUGGUUGGAAUGGCUGCUACACUAGCAUCUGUUUGUUCUGUUCCUUUGACUUCAGUUCUACUUCUGUUUGAGCUGACAAAAGAUUAUAGGAUACUGCUUCCUCUCAUGGGGGCCGUUGGAUUGGCAAUUUGGGUUCCCUCUGUGACAAAUCAGUCGAAGGAGAGUGAUACACCUGAUAAAAGAAAUUUAGCAAGAGGAUAUUCUUCAGUUUCGCAUACUGAAGAUAAUGAUGAUGGAAAUGGUUUAGAACUCUGUAUAGUUGGAGAUGCUUCCGGGCUUGAAGAAAUCGAUGAAGAAUUGCUGCUGGACAAUCUUAAGGUUUCUCAGGCCAUGUCAAAAUACUAUCUGAUGGUUCCAUCAUCUAUAAUGCUAAAAGAUGCGAUCAAAUGCAUGCAUGACAGCCAGCAAAAUUGUGUGCUAGUGGUUGACGAAGAUGAUUUUCUUGAAGGAAUAUUGACAUACGGUGACAUCAGAAGGCGUCGAUCUGAGAAAGCUAAUGAUACUUCUAAGAGCGACUCAGAUCUUUUGGAUGUGAACACAUUGCUUGUUUCCUCUGUAUGCACUCGAGGAAUGAGCUAUCGUGGGCGAGCACGUGGACUUUUAACUUGUUAUCCAAACACUACUUUGGCCAUGGCCAGAGAGUUAAUGGAGGCCAAGGGAGUUAAGCAAUUACCAGUAGUUAAACGCGGUGGAAAUCACAAUAGAGAGAGGAAGCGAAGAAUUGUUGGUCUUCUUCAUUAUGACGAACUAUGGCACUGUCUCAGGAAAGAGAUUAACCACAGGAAAUUAGCUUAUCAAAGUAGGACAGAAAACAAUUUGACAAAUGGGCAUUAACUUUUGAUUCAAGCUUCUUGGUUGCCCUUACAAAAGAAAUAGUGAGUUGUUAGCAACAAAAGCUCCUUUGUUGCUUUUAAAUGUGAGACCAUAUCACUUCAUGUAUGUAUAUUUUAAUGCCACAAAAGUGGUUAUUUGAUAAGGAAGAAAAAUAUCUCCAACCCCAACACAUUAAAGAAUCAAUGAUUCUUAAUCACAACCUCAUAUUCUUUUGCAUAAUUUAGGGCAUUACAGCUUGUAAAGUAAACUCCAUAAGAAGCAGAAUACUAAAUAUAAUGGGAAAUAGAAACAGGAUUUAAACCCCGAAAUUGUACUAUGCUCCAUUAUUAUCAUACCACUGUUGGUUCUUUAGGUAAAUUUAUUAUUUUUUCCAU